AUGGCUUAUCCCUAUGAUUCCCUCUUGCCACAGGUUACAAGACCAAGAACCAUCUCUCCCCUGCCUCCCUCUGCUCCUGGAGAAGAAGCCAAAGAUGAGGAAGUUGAGCAAGUCAAAUGGAAGCGUCCAGCUGUGGUCACACCACAGGCUGUUCAUUCCAAGAGAAACAUCAAGGCAGAGCCACAAGCAGAGCUGCCCGAAGCUCAGAGUGACAUCAUGGCAUUGAAGAGAAAGAACAAGGAUGACAUGAGAAGAGUUCAAGAGGAGAAUCUCAAUCAGCAGAGGGGCGAUCAACAGAACCAGGCAGAGCUGCAGGAUUCGGAGGCUAGCAACAAGGUAAGGGAGAAGAGGCUGGAGGAAGAAAUUAAAAUCAUCAGAGAUAAAGCUAAUCGCCUCUCUCAGUCUCUACAAAAGCAAGUGGCCAUAAAGAAAAUAAAUCUUCAAGGACUGCAGAGGAAGCAACUAACAGUUAAUGAAAUCAUGAUCAUGAAGAGGAAUAGGAGUCCCAGUGUUGUGAAUUAUUUAGACAGCUAUCUUCUGGGUGAGGAACUCUGGCUGGUUUUAGAGUACAUGGACGGAGGCGCCCUGAGUGAUGUCAUCAGUGAGACCUUCCUGUCUGAAGAGCAGAUGGCAGCCAUCAGUCGGGAGUGCCUGCAAGGACUGGAUUUUCUUCACUCGAACCACAUCAUCCACCGAGAUGUGAAGAGCGACAACAUCCUUCUCAGAACAGACGGCUCUGUCAAGCUAGCUGAUUUUGGCCUCUCUACUCAGCUCACCCCUGAGCAGAAUAGACGGUGCACGUUAGCCGGGACUCCUUGGUGGAUGGCGCCUGAAGUGGUGACAGGUCAACCAUAUGGCCCCAAAGUGGACAUAUGGUCUUUUGGAAUUGUGGGAAUUGAAAUGGUAGAACGAGAACCUCCUUACUGCAACCAAAGUCCUGCCUCGGCUCAACGCCUUAUAGCCACAGUAGGGACCCCAAAGCUGCGACAUCCCAAGCUCCUCUCAGCUUUGCUGCGUGACUUCCUGAGCUGCUGCCUUCAGAAAGACGAGGAGGAGCGCUGGUCUGCCAUGGAGCUCCUGCAGGUUACAAGACCAAGAACCAUCUCUCCCCUGCCUCCCUCUGCUCCUGGAGAAGAAGCCAAAGAUGAGGAAGUUGAGCAAGUCAAAUGGAAGCGUCCAGCUGUGGUCACACCACAGGCUGUUCAUUCCAAGAGAGCCCUUCUAGAGAAAGAGCAGGAGCAAACUGCUUCAUCAGAGAUGCCACGCCCGUCUCAGGGAGAGCUGUUCCCAGCCCGAGAGCAGGAAGAGCAGCACAGGCAGCAGGUGGAAGAGCCAGAGGAGAAUGGCCAGAACAUCAAGGCAGAGCCACAAGCAGAGCUGCCCGAAGCUCAGAGUGACAUCAUGGCAUUGAAGAGAAAGAACAAGGAUGACAUGAGAAGAGUUCAAGAGGAGAAUCUCAAUCAGCAGAGGGGCGAUCAACAGAACCAGGUGAGUGAAAGAGUGGCAGCCACUCCACCCAUGAAACAUCCUCUCCCUUCUUGUUUACUGACUAACAAGGACCAUGUGCAGGCAGAGCUGCAGGAUUCGGAGGCUAGCAACAAGGUAAGGGAGAAGAGGCUGGAGGAAGAAAUUAAAAUCAUCAGAGAUAAAGCUAAUCGCCUCUCUCAGUCUCUACAAAAGCAAGUGGCCAUAAAGAAAAUAAAUCUUCAAGGACUGCAGAGGAAGCAACUAACAGUUAAUGAAAUCAUGAUCAUGAAGAGGAAUAGGAGUCCCAGUGUUGUGAAUUAUUUAGACAGCUAUCUUCUGGGUGAGGAACUCUGGCUGGUUUUAGAGUACAUGGACGGAGGCGCCCUGAGUGAUGUCAUCAGUGAGACCUUCCUGUCUGAAGAGCAGAUGGCAGCCAUCAGUCGGGAGUGCCUGCGAGGACUGGAUUUUCUUCACUCGAACCACAUCAUCCACCGAGAUGUGAAGAGCGACAACAUCCUUCUCAGAACAGACGGCUCUGUCAAGCUAGCUGAUUUUGGCCUCUCUACUCAGCUCACCCCUGAGCAGAAUAGACGGUGCACGUUAGCCGGGACUCCUUGGUGGAUGGCGCCUGAAGUGGUGACAGGUCAACCAUAUGGCCCCAAAGUGGACAUAUGGUCUUUUGGAAUUGUGGGAAUUGAAAUGGUAGAACGAGAACCUCCUUACUGCAACCAAAGUCCUGCCUCGGCUCAACGCCUUAUAGCCACAGUAGGGACCCCAAAGCUGCGACAUCCCAAGCUCCUCUCAGAUUUGCUGCGUGACUUCCUGAGCUGCUGCCUUCAGAAAGACGAGGAGGAGCGCUGGUCUGCCAUGGAGCUCCUGCAGCAUCCAUUUGUGACUUCAGCCAAGCCAGCAUCUAUCCUGUCACAACUGAUCAACUCAGUCAAGAAGAGGAAGAAGAAUUAG